UUAAUUAAUAGAUUGUAUAUUUGGAUCGUCUUUUUGCAAUGUGUUUUCUAGUAGACCACCGCCAUAGCGUUUGAGCCGACUUGAAGGAUCCUCCGUCCGUCCGUCCGUCGGGUUCCUUGCGACCGCACGCACGCACGCUGUCGUGGUCAUCUUCAUUUUCGCUUAUGAUUAAACGACUUUCUGUAGAAAUUCCGUUCGGCUUUGUUCCAGUAUUCGCGUUCUAACAUGAAUUCCGACCCUGAGAAAGAUAAAUUCUUGAAGGAGUUCGGGCAGGAUUACGGGUACCCUAACGGGUUCAAAAGCAUCGACCAGAUUAGAGCAACUGAAUUCAAAAGACUGAAAGACGUGGUGUACCUGGACCAUGCUGGAGCAACUUUGUAUUCUGAGCUGCAAAUGGAAGGCGUCUUCAAAGAUUUGAAUUCUACUCUAUAUGGAAAUCCUCAUAGCCAGAGCAACUGCAGCAUGAUAACCAGCGACAUUUUGGGCGAGGCUCGGCAACUGAUUCUAACAUUCUUCAAUGCAUCUCCUCGAGAGUAUAAAUGCAUAUUUACCUCUGGAGCCACAGCUGCAUUGAAACUUGUUGGCGAGGCAUUUCCAUGGAGCAGCAGGAGUACUUUCAUGUACACGAUGGAGAAUCAUAAUAGCGUUCUUGGCAUCAGAGAGUAUGCCCUUAGGGAAGGAUCUGCAGCCAUUGCUGUUGAUAUUGAAAAUGUUUGUGAUCUUGAUCCAAGAUGCAGUGGAGAACCAGCCAUUAGAUUUAUACCACACUCCCUACAGAAGCGAGGAGAAACUGGAUUCAGGGAAAAGGACCAAACCAGCGAUACAUACAAUUUAUUUGCAUUUCCUUCGGAAUGCAACUUUUCUGGCCAAAAAUUCAACCUCAACCUGUUAAAUGUUGUAAAGGAAGGUAACUAUGAAAUGUCGGGAAUAUCAACAUGUCGCAGUGGCCGGUGGAUGGUUCUGAUUGAUGCUGCAAAGGGAAGCGCUACAUCACCACCCGACUUGUCAAAAUACAAGGCAGACUUUGUUGUUGUUUCAUUCUACAAGCUAUUUGGAUACCCAACAGGAGUCGGAGCUCUUAUAGCCAAAAAUGAUGCUGCAAAGUUAUUGAAGAAGACCUAUUUUAGUGGAGGCACAGUAGCGGCAUCAAUUGCGGAUGUUGACUUUUACAAAAGAAGAGAUGCUAUCGAAGAACACUUCGAGGAUGGCACCUUACCUUUUGUGAGCAUCGCAUCCCUUAAACAUGGAUUCAAAAUCCUCAACACAUUAACCAUGUCUGCUAUCUACAGGCAUGCAACGUCCCUGGCUUCAUAUGUUAGGAAUGAACUGAUGAAUCUGAGACAUUCGAAUGGAGACUGUGUAUGCACAUUAUAUGGCUUAAAGUAUCCUGAGUUAUUACACGAUGGGAUGGGUCCUGUAGUGUCAUUCAACUUGAGGAGGCCCGAUGGAACUUGGUUUGGUUAUCGAGAAGUGGAAAAAUUGGCAUCCUUGUCCAAUAUUCAGUUAAGGACAGGGUGCUUUUGUAAUCCUGGUGCAUGUGCAAAACAUCUUGGUUUGUCUCAUUCCGAUCUUCUCUCCAACAUUGAGGCAGGGCAUGUUUGCUGGGAUGAUCAUGAUAUAUUGAAUGGAAAACCAACAGGAGCAGUUCGGGUGUCAUUUGGUUACAUGUCAACAUAUGAAGAUGCCAGGAUGUUUUUGAAAUUCAUCAGCAAUUCAUUUGUAUCAGUACCACCUCAGCCUUUAUAUCUGGAUUCGUGUGCUGCAAAACCUUUACAUCUCCCUGUUGAAGGGGUUGAAAGAGAUUCUGCGGGAUGCUUUCUGAAGUCCAUUACUAUUUACCCCAUAAAAUCUUGUGCAGGCUUCAAUGUGGAUAGCUGGCCUUUAACCGCUACUGGAUUGUUACACGAUAGAGAAUGGCUUCUGCGGAGCUUGAGUGGGGAAAUCUUGACCCAAAAGAAGGUACCAGAUAUGGGGUUGAUUAGUGCAGUAGUUGAUCUCAAACUUGGACUACUUGUCAUCGAAUCACCACGUUGCAAAGAGAAAUUGUACAUUGAACUUAAAUCUGGCCAACUUAUUUCUUCAAAAGAAGUGGUGGAAAUAUAUUCUCAGAGAUAUGAAAUUCAAGGCUACUGCAGUGAAGUCGACAUUUGGUUUUGCAAUGCUAUUGGCCGACCUUGCACCCUUGUAAGGAGUUGUGCAUUCCAAAAUCCCAUGUGCUCUGGUAGGAAUCGACUAUCCGGAAUGCAUAAGGAGGGAGAAACCAGAUUGAACUUUGUCAACGAGGCACAGUUCUUGUUAAUAUCUGAGGAAAGUGUUGCCGACCUGAACACCAGACUAAAAUCAAAGUUGCAUAGUGGCUCCAACUACCCGGCCACUGAAGUCAAUCCGAGUAGAUUCCGUCCCAACUUGGUUGUCUCAGGUGGCAAACCAUACGAAGAGGAUGGAUGGAAAAGUCUGAGGAUCGGACGGACAGAUUUUGUGUCCUUGGGCGGCUGCAAUCGAUGCCAUAUGAUCAAUAUGACUCUCGAAGAUGGGACUGUGCAACGAUCCAAUGAGCCGUUAGCUACUUUAGCAUCUUACAGAAGAUCAAAGGGGAAGAUCUAUUUCGGCACAUUGCUGAAAUUAAGCGACGAUGUCGAACCGGACACCCAGGUUUCGGUGGGACAGGAAAUAAUUGCGAAAACAGAUUAGCCUUGGCAAUACUCUUACAAGGAAAGGUACAUUGAUUGUACGAUAUGACGCGGAUCGUAAUCUGCUGCUUCGGAUGCCGAAUGGGCUGCCCGCUCACUGUGACCGCACGUAGAUUCGGUCGGGACCGGACCAGGCUAUCAGAAUUGAUCCGGUCCGGUCCGAUUUCGACCUGGACUCGGUCCAAUUAAACAUUAACCCACAUUGUCGGGGGGUUAAUUAAGGUUAAUUAGUACGAGUACGAGGUUUUCUUUCAUAUGCUUUUUACGACUUAACCAUAGUUGUGUGAACAGCCUUUCAAUUUUAUUUUUUAAAAUUCGACAUAUAAUUAUAUUA